AUGGUUCAGACUACGGAGUACACGCAGGCAUUUCAGGGGAAGUCGUCUUUCCCGGCCAGCAACAAGGUUUACCGGGAGGGCUCUCAGCCGUCGAUUCGGGUGCCCUUCCGACAGGUUACGCUGGAUCCUACUACGGGACGGUUUGGUCAGGAGGAUAAUCUGCCGCUGUCGGUUUAUGACACCAGUGGGCCGUACAGCGACAGCGCGGCAAUGCUGGACCUGCGGCGGGGCCUGCCGGCGUUGCGUCGGGACUGGAUUAUGGCUCGCGGCGGCGUGGAAGAGUUGCGGGGUGACAACCAGGCACAGCCCUUCCCCGGGUUAACGCGGCGGCCGCUGCGUGCGAAGAACGGCCAGUCGGUUACGCAGAUGCACUACGCCCGUCAGGGUAUCGUUACUCCGGAGAUGGAAUACAUCGGUAUCCGGGAGGGCAUCGACCCGGAAUACGUUCGGGAAGAAGUGGCGCGCGGCCGGGCUAUCAUUCCCGCCAACAUCAACCACCCCGAGUCCGAGCCGAUGAUUAUUGGCCGCAACUUCCUGGUGAAGGUGAACGCGAACAUCGGCAACUCGGCCAUCACAUCUUCCAUUGACGAGGAAGUCGAGAAGAUGCUGUGGGCCACGCGCUGGGGCGCCGACACCGUGAUGGACCUUUCCACCGGAAAGGAUAUUCAUACCACGCGGGAAUGGAUUCUGCGCAACUCGCCAGUACCCAUCGGCACCGUGCCCAUCUACCAGGCGCUGGAGAAAGUGGGUGACAACCCGGAGGAACUGACCUGGGAGUUGUAUCGCGACACGCUCAUCGAGCAGGCCGAACAGGGUGUUGACUACUUCACCAUCCACGCCGGCGUGCUGCUGCGCUACGUGCCGCUGACGGCCAACCGCCUCACCGGCAUUGUCUCCAGGGGAGGCUCAAUCAUGGCGGGCUGGUGUCUGGCGCAUCAUCAGGAGAACUUCCUGUACACCCACUUCGGCGAAAUCUGCGAGAUUAUGCGCGCCUAUGACGUGUCGUUCUCGCUGGGAGACGGCCUGCGUCCGGGCAGCGUUGCGGAUGCCAACGACGAGGCGCAGUUCUCUGAACUUGAGACGCUGGGCGAGCUGACCCAGUUUGCCUGGGAGCAGGAUGUACAGGUGAUGAUCGAAGGCCCGGGCCACGUGCCGAUGCACAAAAUCAAGGAGAACGUGGACCGGCAGAUGGAAGUGUGCCAUGAAGCGCCCUUCUACACGCUGGGGCCGUUGGUUACCGACAUCGCGCCAGCUUACGAUCACAUCACGUCGGGAAUUGGCGCCGCGAUGGUUGGGAUGUACGGCACGGCGAUGCUGUGCUACGUGACGCCCAAAGAGCACCUGGGGCUGCCGCACCGGGAGGACGUGAAAACCGGCGUUAUCACGUACAAGAUUGCCGCCCACGCCGCCGACGUUGCCAAGGGGCAUCCGAUGGCGCAGCAGUGGGACGAUGCCCUGUCGAAGGCCCGGUUCGAGUUCCGUUGGGAUGACCAGUUCAACCUGGCGCUGGACCCGGAGACCGCUCGCGAUUACCACGACGAAACGCUGCCGGCGCAGGGGGCUAAGGUAGCCCACUUCUGCUCAAUGUGCGGCCCAAAAUUCUGCGCGAUGAAGAUCACGCAGGACGUGCGGGAGUACGCCAGGAAGAACGGGAUGGCGCCAGAGUCGGCGCUGGAAGUGGGGAUGGAGGAAAAGUCUGCGGAGUUCCGCGAGGCCGGCAGCCAGAUUUAUCAGAAGGCUUAG